GGUUUAGCACCCUGGAGGCUCUACAGUUCUCGGCUUCCCAGUGCACUGCUCAGUGAUGGCCUGUGGAGUUGUGAUCUUCCUGUAUGGCUGGGUCCUGGCUUCCUGUCAUGGGUCUAACCUGGAUGUGGAGAACCCCAUUGUGUUCAGAGAGGAUGCAGCCAGCUUUGGACAGACUGUGGUACAGUUUGGUGGAUCUCGACUCGUGGUGGGAGCCCCUCUGGAGGUGGUGGCAGUCAACCGAACAGGACAGUUGUAUGACUGUGCACCUGACACUGGCAUGUGCCAACCCAUCUUACUGCACAUUCCCCUAGAGGCGGUGAACAUGUCCCUGGGCCUGUCUCUGGUGGCUGACACCAAUAACUCCCAGUUGCUGGCUUGUGGUCCAACUGCACAGAGAGCUUGUGCAAAGAACAUGUAUGCAAAAGGUUCCUGCCUCCUUCUAGGCUCCAGCCUGCAGUUCCUUCAGGCAGUCCCUGCUACCAUGCCAGAGUGUUCAGGACAAGAGACGGACAUUGCUUUCCUGGUUGAUGGUUCUGGCAGCAUUGAUCAAAGUGACUUUACCCAGAUGAAGGACUUUGUCAAAGCCUUGAUGGGCCAGUUUGCGAGCACCAGCACCUUGUUCUCCCUGAUGCAAUACUCAAACAUCCUAAAGACUCAUUUUACCUUCACGGAAUUCAAGCACAGCCUGAGCCCUCAGAGCCUGGUGGAUGCCAUCGUCCAGCUGCAAGGCCUGACGUUCACAGCCACAGGCAUCCAGAAAGUGGUGAAAGAGCUAUUUCAUAGCACGAAUGGAGCCCGCAAAAGUGCUAAGAAGAUCCUAAUUGUCAUCACAGAUGGGCAGAAAUACAGAGACCCCUUGGAGUACAGCGAUGUCAUCCCCGAGGCAGAGAAAGCUGGCAUCAUUCGCUAUGCUAUUGGGGUGGGAGAUGCCUUCCGAGAACCCGCUGCCCUGCAGGAGCUGAACACCAUUGGCUCAGCUCCCUCCCAGGACCACGUGUUCAAGGUGGGCAACUUUGUGGCACUUCGAAACAUCCAGAGGCAACUUCAGGAGAAAAUCUUUGCCAUUGAGGGAACUCAGUCAAGGUCAAGUAGUUCCUUUCAGCACGAGAUGUCACAAGAAGGUUUCAGUUCAGCUCUCACAAAGGAUGGACCAGUUCUGGGGGCUGUGGGAAGCUUCAGCUGGUCUGGAGGUGCUUUCUUAUACCCACCAAAUAUGAGACCCACCUUCAUCAACAUGUCUCAGGAGAAUGUGGACAUGAGAGAUGCUUACCUGGGUUACUCCACCGCACUGGCCUUUUGGAAGGGAGUCCACAGCCUGAUCCUGGGGGCCCCUCGCCACCAGCACACGGGAAAGGUUGUCAUCUUUACCCAGGAAUCCAGGCAUUGGAGGCCCAAGUCUGAAGUCAGAGGGACACAGAUCGGCUCCUACUUUGGGGCAUCUCUCUGUUCUGUGGACAUGGAUGGAGAUGGCAGCACUGACCUGGUCCUGAUCGGAGCCCCCCAUUACUAUGAGCAGCCCCGAGGGGGGCAGGUGUCGGUGUGCCCCAUGCCUGGUGUGAGGAGCAGGUGGCAGUGUGAGGCCACCCUCCAUGGGGAGCAGGGCCAUCCUUGGGGCCGCUUUGGGGCGGCUCUGACAGUGCUGGGGGACGUGAAUGGGGACCGUCUGGCGGAUGUGGCUGUUGGUGCACCUGGAGAGGAGGAGAACAGAGGUGCUGUCUACAUAUUUCAUGGAGCCUCACGACUGGACAUCACUCCCUCGUCCAGCCAGCGGGUCAUUGGCUCCCAGCUCUCCCUGAGGCUUCGAUAUUUUGGGCAGUCAUUAAGUGGGGGUCAGGACCUCACACAGGACGGCCUGGUGGACCUGGCUGUGGGAGCGCAGGGGCACGUGCUGCUGCUCAGGAGUCUGCCUUUGGUGAAAGUGGAGAUCUCCAUAAGAUUUGCCCCCAUGGUGGUGGCAAAGGCUGUGUACCAGUGCUGGGAAAGGACUCCCACUGUCCUUGAAGCUGGAGAGGCCACUGUGUGUCUCACUGUCCACAAAGGCUCACCUGACCUGUUAGGUGACAUCCACAGCUCUGUCAGGUAUGAUCUGGCGUUGGACCCGGGCCGUCUGAUACCUCGUGCCAUUUUUGAUGAGACUAAGAGCUUCACUUUGACUCGAAGGAAGACUCUGGGGCUUGGUGAUCACUGCGAAACAAUGAAGCUGCUUUUACCAGACUGUGUGGAGGAUGCUGUGACCCCUAUCAUCCUGCGCCUCAACUUUUCCCUGGUAGGAGACUCUGCUUCAUCCAUGAACCUUCGUCCUGUGCUGGCUGUGGGCUCACAAGACCACAUAACAGCUUCCCUUCCAUUCGAGAAGAACUGUAAGCAGGAACUCCUGUGCGAGGCGGACCUGGGCGUCAGCUUUAACUUCUCGGGCCUGCAGGUCUUGGUGGUGGGAUGCUCCCCAGAGCUCACUGUGACAGUAACGGUAUGGAAUGCAGGUGAGGACAGCUAUGGGACUUUAAUCAAGUUCCACUACCCAGCAGGGCUGUCUUACCGACGGGUAACAGGAGCACAGCAACCUCAUCAGUACCCGCUACGCCUGGCAUGUGAGGCCGAGCCCCCCAUGGGCCAGGAGAGCCUGAGGAGCAGCAGCUGUAGCAUCAAUCACCCCAUCUUCCGAGAAGGUGCAAAGGCCACCUUCAUGAUCACUUUUGAUGUCUCCUACAAGGCCUUCCUGGGGGACAGGCUGCUUCUGAGGGCCAGCGCAAGCAGUGAGAAUAAUAAGCCUGAAACCAACAAGACUACCUUCCAGCUGGAGCUCCCGGUGAAGUACACGGUCUAUACCGUGAUCAGUAGGCAGGAAGAUUCCACCAAGCAUUUCAACUUCUCAUCUUCCCACGGAGAGAGGAGAGAGGCUGAACAUCACUAUCGUGUCAAUAACCUGAGUCCACUGAAGCUGGCCGUCAGUGUUAACUUCUGGGUCCCCAUCCUUCUGAAUGGUGUGGCGGUGUGGGAUGUGACUCUGAGGGGCCCAGCACAGGGUAUCUCCUGUGUGUCACACAAGGAACCUCCUCAGCAUCCCGACUUUCUGACCCAGAUUCAAAGACGUGCUGUGCUGGACUGCUCCAUUGCUGACUGCCUGCACCUCCACUGUGACAUCCCCUCCUUGGGCGUCCAGGAAGAGCUUGACUUCAUUCUGAAGGGCAACCUCAGCUUCGGCUGGAUCAGUCAGACAUUGCAGAAAAAGGUGUUGCUCCUGAGUGAGGCUGAAAUCACAUUCAACACAUCUGUGUACUCCCAGCUGCCGGGGCAGGAGGCAUUCCUGAGAGCCCAGGUGGAGACGAUUCUAGAAGAAUCCGUGGUCUAUGAGCCCAUCUUCCUGGUGGCAGGCAGCUCGGUGGGAGGUCUGCUGUUACUGGCUCUUAUCACAGCGGCACUGUACAAGCUUGGCUUCUUCAAACGUCAGUACAAAGAAAUGAUGGAUGGCAAGCCGGCAGAUCCUGACACAGCCAGCCAGGCAGAUUUCAACUAUGAGACUCCUCUACAUCUUAUGUCCUAGGAAUCCACUUUCCUGUGUGUCUCCACCACAAAGAGAUCGGUCUUGCUUUUGCCUAUGAAUCUACUGGCAUGGAGACAAGUUCCCCACAGCUCUGGGCUAGCCUGGGAAACUUCCCAGACAUGAUGCCAAACCUCCUGAGCUGGGGGAUUUUUAUGCUUCUGCCCAUGUGUCAGACUUCAGAGCUGAUCUAUUUUUUUUUUGUAAGAGCAGGGAUGGGGUCAACAUAAACUUAUAUAUGGAUAAGAAUUACCACACAAUACAGACUGAGGAAAAUAUGCUCAAUAUUCAAUAUAUUGCUUGUAUGAAUUUUUAAAAAAUAAAAUGAAAAUGCAGGGGGAAACAUCACAUUUUCCUUAUAUAAAAAGUAACUUGAACCUAGAUACCAACUGCCCUAGAGCCUACCCAGUCCCUUUUGCCAUGCUGCUCCCAAAGAGCCAGAGGACACAAAAGUUUCACACCUUUAUUGCUAUUGGAACUGUCCACUGGAACCUCAGGGGGCUCUCAGAGCCGGUGUGCAGAAGGUCGAUUUGGAGAUUGUUGGAAGAGUGUGUCUGCUGAGACUUCAAGGGUGCUCGUAGCCGGUGGGCAAAGGAUUGACGUGGGGAUUGUGGAAAAGUGUGUGGUUACCAUCCCCCCAGGAGAAGGGCUGUGGAGAGAAGGCAGACAGGUCACCACAGUCCCUCCAGUGAAAUUCCCCUGCAUGCCCUCACUCACUCAUCCUCUGGCAUACCUUGGUUCGGAUGCGGAGGUGGUGGUAAGGGAUGAACUCUGGGCGCUCUCGGUGGCCAGCGUGCAUCCAGCAGUUAAGGGAGCAGAGGGCUACGCUGGGGAGAGCCAGCACAAAGGUCAGGAGGCGCCAGGUGCUGGCUGGGGGAGGAAAGGUGAGAGUGAGUGGAGAUUCACAGGCAAAAGCUGUCACUGGGCCUAGAGGUCGGAAAGAUCAGUGCCUGGCAGAUCAGGAGAUGGAGGGAGGGGGAAGCAUGGGCGAAGAGAACAGAUAGGCUAGGCUACUGAAUCAGAGUCAGGCCUGGCCCCACUUACCUCCUGCCCCUCCAUGGUCUCCUUUGGCUGCACUGGCCAUGCUCCGGCUCAGGACCUUCAGAGGCAGAGCCAUUGUCGAAGGAAGGCUGGGAAUGGCACUGUCCUUCCCCGUCUCCUUUACCCAGUCUGGAGGAUCUCCUCCCUGCUCAGAGCCAAUCACCUGUUGAGCCAGCACGUGGAUGGCUAUUUUUAGGGGCUUUCUCUGUCUAAAGUGGGUCUUGACUGGCAGGAGAGCCUCUUCAGGCAGCUGAUGCAAUGUGUCUUCUAUUUUGGCAAGAGAACAGUUAAAGUGAAACACACCCCUGUGGUCCCAGCUCUUGAAAUGUGUAGGCAGGAGGCUCAGGGUUCAAGGCCACUGCGGUCAACUUAGUCUGAGCACAGCCUCAACUACAUAAGACUCUGUCUUUGAAACAAAAUUUUAAGAUGGGGUGGGGUGGGAGUGUAGCUCAGUUGGCAGGAUGCCUGGAGUGUCUGCCUACCUUGUACCCAUAAUGCCCUGAGUUCUUUCCCUACUGCUACACAAGCCCAGUGUGGUGGCACUUAUCCUAAAUGUCAGCCAGCACUUGGGACAUGGAGGCAGAAGAAUCAGGAGUUCAAGACCAUCUUGGACUACAUACCAGGGUCAAAGCUAUCCUGGGCUAUGCUGGACUAUCUAUCUGAAUAAAUAUGUACUAUUUUUCAUAGUGGCGGGGAAUGAUUUUAUUUAAUAUUCUGUUCUCAAUGGCUAGCACAGAGUAGACAAAUAUUAUGUAAAAUUAAUUAAGUGCCCAUAUUAAAAAUUAUUUAUCAGUGCUGGGAAUUGAAUCCCAGGGCUGUGUGCAUGCUGAUUAAACGCUCCUCCACUGAGCUCA